UGGCCUUAAAAGGCGAGAAACAUGUGAUUGGUAUAGAGAUUAACCAAAUUGAGGAAAACCUUACUGUAAUAAAAAGCAAGCUUACAUAAAGUGUAUUUGCUGCAUCGGAUCCUUCACAACAUUAAGUAAAAUCCUGAAUGUUUCCAAAAUAAAUAUUCCAAAUACACAAUUCAAAACAACACGUACAUCGUAUAACCAUUAUAUAAAUCAAAGUAAGCUACUAAAAGUCAUAACCUCUUGCUCUCUUUUCCUUCUCUCUCUCUCACAUCAGAACUAUUUAACCCUUUCGACUUUUAAGUUUGAGCUACAAUUUUCCUUUGAAAGAUGGGCUUCUCGAACUCUGGAAAUGGUCUCUCCGAUCAAAACAAUCUCUGCGAAACGGAACUAGGGUUUUCAGACCAAAGCGUUCAAGAAUUCAGGCCAGAUCAAGAUCUUGAAACUAAAGUCGGAGAGAUACCUGAUACUCCACGCGAAGGAGUAAAGGCAAAGAAAGAUGAAGAAGAAGAUUUAUGUAAGACUCCGACACGCCUCGACCAGAUUCUCCCGAAGGUUACAAAUAUUUGUCCUCCGGCGCCGAGGAAGCCUAAGAGAGUUCCGUCGAGAAGUUUGAAGGUUCGAGAUUCUUAUAGAAGCAGGAGAAUGAUCAUUUUGAAUGUUUCUAGAGAGAUUGAUUGUAUGUUUAACUCAGCAUCUCUAGGUAACAAAAUUAAGAAAGCCAAACGUAUUUGAUGUUUCAUUUGUAUAUGUAUAUCGUAUCUACAUGUAAUAAAUUAACUACGAGUUAUGCAAUGUAGUGAGAUGCCAUUUCAGUUGUUUUCCCUUUAUUUAUUCGUUGUUUGUUCAGUUGCUAGUUCUUUCUUUCACUUUUUUUGGUUGACAAGUGACAAGGCUAUUAUACUUAUGCAGCUAUGCAUGCUCUUUUUUUUUCGCGAGUCUAUUAUAUUUCUUACAUUGGGAAUAAUAGGUAACUAGAGGACGUAAACUAUAA